AUGAGAGGCUCAAGCAAGAAGAGAUCAAGAAGCAGAUCUAGUGAAAGACGUCCCUCCAAGAGAAAAUUGGAGGAAAGAAUAAUUAGCGUGGAAAACAAACUACUUAACCUCACUAACCUCUUACAGCAGAUCGUUAACGGAAAAUCAAAAGAAAUACCUGAGAGCACAGCAACAGAUAUUUUGCAAAAUGGAACAAAAAGUUCAAACGAUAAUACUCUUGCCAAUGCGCCAGAUCAUGACAAUAAGUCAGACGAAGUACAAAAUAAUCAAACCGAUCCGCCAGGCGACUCCGGCGAAAAUAUGGCCGACCACGAUCUCGAAAAUUCAACAGCCGCACACAGACGGACAAGAAUCCUAGUGUUGACGACGACGUACUGGAAGCCCUGGGGGAAGACCCAAAAGAGUCAAUCCAGUUUCAAGGCGAUACACAUGACAAGGUGA